GACAACAAAUUAUAAAAAAUAAAAAUAAUUUAUACGGUGCAUAUAAAAAAUUCUCUAUAUCCAGAUUCUCCGGCCAUGUCUGUGGCUCUUACGACUCCUUCAAUCAGUACAGAGGCUCACGAGCACCUGCUGGUGGUGGAUGUAGAGGAUCCAAGCCCAGAGCAAGAAGAAACACAGCGGCCAUUAACGAAGUUUGGGAUACGUGAUCUGAGGAAGGAAUCUGAUGGGGGUGAUCCUAUAUUGAACGGGAUAAGCGUGGAGAUACCGAAGGGUGUGAUUGUUGGGAUCAUAGGGCCGAGUGGGAGUGGGAAAUCGACGAUGUUGAGAGCUCUGAAUAGGCUGUGGGAGCCACCUUUGGGGACUGUGUUUUUGGACGGUCGGGAUAUCUGUGAUCUUGAUGUGCUCACUCUGAGGAGGAAGGUUGGGAUGCUCUUUCAGCUUCCUGCGCUGUUUGAAGGCACAGUAGCAGACAACAUACGAUAUGGACCACAAUUGAGAGGGCAGAAGCUAAGUGAUGAGGAGGUUUACAGCUUGCUCAAACUUGCAGACCUUGAUUCCUCUUUUUACAGUAAGACUGGUGGUGAACUAUCUGUUGGUCAAGCUCAAAGGGUUGCUCUUGCUAGGACCUUAGCUAACGAACCAGAGGUUCUGCUGCUUGAUGAGCCUACAAGUGCCUUGGAUCCAAUAUCAACGGAAAACAUAGAGGAUGUCCUAGUGAACCUAAAGAAGAAACAGGGAAUGACUAUUAUAAUGGUCUCUCACAGCAUCAAACAAAUCCAGAGGAUUGCUGAUAUUGUGUGUCUCCUUGUGAAAGGUGAAAUUGUUGAAGUGUUAAGACCUGAUGAACUCUCAGAAGCCAAGCAUCCUAUGGCACUAAGGUUUCUUCAACUCAGCUCAUAAAUGCUUUUUUAUUGUGUGUUUGAGUGUGGGGUGCUCUUCAGUGAUAACCAGAGGAAAUGCCAUCUAUACAAAAAAUCAAUUAAUGUCUUGGCUUAAUGAUAAAAGGCAAUCAUCAUUAUGGAGUUGAUAUCAUAAGUUGAAAUUCUAUGAAGUGGAUGUCAUAGCUUAAUGAUAAAAAUCGUUGUUGUAUAUUUUUCUUUCUACAUGUUGAUGUACACUGUAUUCCAAUGAAGUCUGGACCAUUAUCAAGAUAAUAUUUUGGGUGCUUAUCUCCAAA